GGCGAGGGCUUGCUGGCAACACGAUGCAGUCCCUGCUGCUGCUUACUUUCUCGGCGUGCGUGCUGCUGGCCCGGGCGCGGCUGGCUGGCGGCGCGAGUGGUGGCGGUAGGGACAACGGGCCAGGCAGCGGGCGCCGGCAGAGAGAGGCGCUGGCGGCUCAAAAGAUCGAGGUGCUUGUGCUGUUGCCCCGGGACGAUUCAUACUUGUUCUCCCUGGCCCGGGUGAAGCCGGCCAUCGAGUACGCUCUGCGUAGCGUGGAGGGCAACGGUACCGGGAGGAGGCUAUUGCCUCCCGGCACUCGCUUCCAGGUGGCCUACGAAGAUUCGGACUGUGGCAAUCGUGCGCUCUUCAGCCUGGUGGAUCGCGUGGCGGCGGCGCGCGGAGCCAAGCCAGACCUCAUCCUGGGGCCGGUGUGCGAGUACGCGGCAGCGCCGGUGGCCCGGCUGGCGUCGCACUGGGACCUGCCGAUGUUGUCUGCAGGAGCUCUGGCCGCCGGCUUCCAGCACAAGGACACGGAGUACUCGCACCUCACGCGCGUGGCGCCUGCCUAUGCCAAGAUGGGCGAGAUGAUGCUCGCCCUGUUCCGCCACCACCACUGGAGCCGAGCUGCCCUGGUCUACAGCGACGACAAACUCGAGAGGAAUUGCUACUUUACCCUCGAGGGGGUCCACGAGGUUUUCCAGGAGGAGGGUUUGCACACGUCUGCCUACAAUUUCGACGAGACCAAAGAUUUGGACCUGGACGACAUCGUGCGCUACAUUCAGAGCAGUGAGCGAGUGGUUAUCAUGUGUGCCAGCGGCGACACCAUCCGGAGUAUCAUGUUGGCGGUGCACAGACACGGCAUGACGAGCGGAGAUUACGCCUUCUUCAACAUCGAGCUCUUCAACAGUUCUUCCUACGGAGAUGGCUCGUGGAGGCGAGGAGACAAACACGACUUUGAAGCUAAGCAGGCGUACUCAUCCCUCCAGACAGUCACCCUACUGAGGACCGUGAAACCUGAGUUUGAGAAGUUUUCCAUGGAGGUGAAAAGUUCUGUUGAGAAACAAGGGCUCAAUGAGGAGGAUUACGUGAACAUGUUUGUUGAAGGGUUCCAUGAUGCCAUCCUCCUCUACGUUCUGGCUUUACAUGAAGUUCUCAGAGCUGGCUACAGCAAGAAGGACGGGGGUAGAAUCAUCCAGCAGACCUGGAACAGGACUUUUGAAGGUAUCGCUGGGCAGGUGUCCAUAGAUGCCAAUGGGGACCGGUAUGGGGACUUCUCCGUGGUUGCCAUGACGGACAUUGAAGCCGGCACCCAAGAGGUUAUUGGUGAUUACUUUGGAAAAGAAGGCCGGUUCAAAAUGCGAUCCAAUGUCAAGUACCCCUGGGGCCCUUUGAAACUGAGAAUAGAUGAAACCAGAAUUGUGGAGCAUACCAAUAGCUCCCCUUGCAAAUCAUCAGGUGGCCUAGAAGAAUCAGCAGUGACAGGAAUUGUGGUGGGGGCCCUACUUGGUGCUGGUUUGCUAAUGGCCUUCUACUUUUUCAGGAAGAAAUACAGAAUAACCAUUGAGAGGCGAAAUCAGCAAGAAGAGAGGAACAUCGGGAAACAUCGAGAGUUACGCGAAGACUCCAUCAGAUCUCACUUUUCGGUGGCUUAGAAGAUCCCCCACUUUCGUCUGCUUGAGAGAUAGAUGGAAGGAAAGACAUCAGGGGAGCAGAAAGGACGCUCGUGGAGAAGUCUUUGUUUUAGGCGUAGUCAUUCACUCUCCAUUUCCUUUAGAAGCUCAGGAAUGAUUAUUAAUCACUAUCUGCCUCCCGGCCUUUCAUCUCAUGGCAAACAAAUCUGAGGAUAUAACGCCAUUCUAUUAGGUGUUCUGACCGCUGGAAGGGCAUAGGAUUAGAUUUAUGUUUUGAAAAAUCCAGCAUUUCCGUAUCUUGAUGGCUUUGGGAGCCUUUCACACAAGGAUAUAAAGAUGUGGUUUUUCUGAAAUUAAAUGUUUUGUAGCUAGAAUAAAACACUUUUUACAAGUAGAGUAUUCCUGGAAAGAAUUUAACACCCAAUAAGAGGACAAUAGAAUGAAAAAAAUCUCAAGCCUCGGAAUGCAGGGCUGCUCCCUGGAGCCAGUGGACAGGUUUGCGGUAGACAAGGGCUGCGAUCGGUGUCCACGGUCAGGUCUGACCUUGUGUCUCCAGCAUGAUCCUUUCUGUCUCUUUCAGUGUCUCAGAAAAACUACUCUGGAAAUUGUAAAUAUUAGUGAGUUAGGAGGAAUUAUAUAAGAAAAGCGAGUCUAAAUGUUUCUUUUCUGAUGUAAAAAAAAAAAGCCCUACU